AUGUGUCUAGAUGUUCGGGAUAUAACAGUGUGUGUUGGAAACAAAUUCAUCCAAGGAAUACCAGAAAAAGUAGACACCAACAAUACCAAAAUCUGUUUCAUGCAUGGAGAAAACAGUAACAUACCGAAGAAUGCUUUCAUCCUUCUCACAAAAAUCCAAAACCUCUAUUUGAAUUUGACGAACAUAAUCUCGAUAUCAGAAGGUGCGUUCAACAGGCUAGGAAACUUGACCGUCUUAGGUCUUCAUGGGAACAGAAUAACAAAAAUAGACCAACCCAUCUUUCUUCCUUUAAGAAGACUAGCUACAUUGGACCUUUCAGGUAACGACAUAUCAAUUAUUCACAACAUAAACUUCAGAGGAUUGAGAAACUUGCAGACCUUAAUACUUGUCCACAACUACAUCAGAACAAUCACAAAAAACGACUUCCAAUCUUUGCCAAAACUGAGAUACCUGGAUUUGUCCCUGAAUUACAUUGAAUCAAUAGACACCAGCACUUUUUCGCCUCUGCAAUUUUUGGAAACGCUGAAUUUGAAUCAUAACAAGAUAUCAAACAUUGAGGAUGGGGCCUUCAAUGGAUUGAGGAGACUGAAGAGCUUGAAAUUAAGAGGGAACUUAUUGCAAUGUGUGCCUACUCAAGAAUUGAGCCGGUUUCCAGGUUUAGUGAUUGAUGUUAGGGAUAAUAGGGCUAGCUGUGAUGAGAUUCGGAGUGAGAUAAAUGUUGAGAAGAAUGUGACGAUUCUAUGUGAAGAUAAGUAA